AUAACGGUUGCGUUUGUACAAAUCUCAUAUACUUUUGUCUGAAUCUAAUCGCAAAGCCGGUCGGGAAAAAAAAAAAGAGAGAGGUUGACACAUAGCUUGACGUCAGAAAACAAGAGUCUUUAAGAUUUUUUUUUUUUGUUUAAGAAAUAAGAACGUACGUAAUGACACGAUGUCUAGAAAAAUAAAUAAAUAACGUACGACGUGAUAACACGAAACGAAGUUUCUAAUAAAUAGUUUAACAAAUCAAAAGCACCAAUCACAAAAUAUACUCUUUUUUUUCCUUUUUUUUAUUUCUGAACACCAACCCUUUUUUGUUUCCUUCUUAAGUCGAGGAAAAAAAAACAAAAACUUUCCGCCGCAGGAAACGAAGAAGAAGCUGUUCUUUCUCUUCUCUUCUACCUUCUGGUAAUUUGCUUACUUUUCUCGUGAAAGGAGAAACCUUCUGUUCGUUGGUUUCUUCUGAUCGUUGUCGUUCUUUUUCCUGAUCAUGUUUUGUUUUGUUUUGCCUUUGGUGUAGUAGUUUAGGUUGUGUUGUGUGUUACGAACGAGAAGACUCUUCAGUUUCGAUGGGAAAUUUCCUAACGACAGGUUCUAGGGUAUCUGAAAACAGAGAAGAAACUGACAUGAACGGUUCGUCUGAGGAUGAACCGAAGUCAAACGAUGUUAACAUGGAGAGUGUUAACGACUCUGGACCAGUUGAAGAUUAUGUGAUGAGUGAAGCCUCUUCGUUGCUCAAUACGAAGCAAGAUCAUUCCAGAGAUGGGUUCCAUGUAGGAGACUUUGUGUGGGUACAAGGAGUCAACCGUCACCAAUGGUGGCCUGGGAAGGUUUAUGAUUCUUCAGAUGCUUCUGACUUAGCUUUGAAGCAUAUGCAGAAAGGUACAUUACUUGUUGCACUUUCUUGGAAAGAGACCUUUGCUUGGUGCACUCCAUCGCAGCUUAAACCGUUUAUAGAGAAUUUUAAAGACUUUUCCAAGACGAGCGGUUCCAGUAGCUUUCUCAGUGCUGUGAGAGAAGCUGUGAGAGAGAUUGGUCAACGUGUUGAGAACCUGUUGGUGUGUGACGAGGCUUUGGUUAGUCCUGUUGCUGUGAACUGUGGAGUUAAGGAAGGAGCUCUUGUACCUGAUGUUAGAAGAGAGACUUUAACGUCCUUGGUUCUUGAAAAACCUGGGAUAGUUCUUGAAGAUGUUAAAAGCCUUGCCAAGGAAGCUAGUUUUGGUGAUGUGUUGGAGAUUGAGGUUUUGAAGAGGAAAAUAUCUGCGUUUUAUCGGUGUAAAGGAAUGUUUUGUUUAGCUAAAUAUGAUGAUGAGAAUCCAUAUAUCAUAGGACUUGAAGACAAAGAGGAUGAGUAUACAUUCAAGAAAUCUUCUGGUCAGGAAUCUUUAAGAAAAUGCUCUAAGCAUCCUAGUAAUAAAAAGAGGAAACAUGGUGGUGAAGUUUCUAAAUGCUCAAAUCAUUUAGAAGAGAGUGAGAAGAAAGAGGAGUCAGGUAUUGAUAUAGUUGUUGAUUUAUCAACUCCACUGUCUUUACUCUGCAAGAGGGUAAAGGUUGAUGAUGUUUUUUCAAGUGUUGAAAGGAACAAUGGGAGUGGCGAGACUAUAGUGCACAGAGGUAAGAGAGAGAGGAAGAAAAGCAAGUAUCUUUCACCUGAAUACAUGACAGACUUUAGUUGGAGCAGGAGAAAGAGCAAACUAGAAUCUGAAUCAGCAGAGAAGAUGACAAAGAGUCCUGCUGAAAAGGCCAUUAAUUUUGUUAGCUUGGGAGCUACAACAGAGGAGAUACUGGAGCUUAUCCGUGCAGCUUCCCUCAGCACACAACAUUCACAAGAGUGUAAAAGCUCGUAUGACAUGAUAAGAGAGUUUGCGUCCAUUUACCGAAGCUUUACAUAUGUUACUGGAGCCAAUUACAAAAGAAACGGUUCUGAUGAAGAUAAGCAGCUUGAAGUGAAGGUGAACAAGAGAGAAACACCUGAAAACACAAAUGAAAAGAAGGGAGUGACGGAUUUGGAGUGGUUGAAAAAGAAGCUUGAAAAGAUGAGAGCAUUGUUGGACGAAUCAGAGGGAGGAGAGGUUAGGGAAGAGUUGAAGAUGAAACUUGAAGAGGAAUCAAGAAACUUGCUAGACAAGGUAAGGAAGAUGACUGUUUGUUCAUCUUAACUUGUAGGAUGUUAUGUUUGUGUAUUAGUUAAAGACACUAGCUUUUAGGAGGAGCAUUGAGCUUAAUUUAUGCAGAUGAGCAUUCAAACCUUUUGUUGUAGUCAAAAGUGUCUAUUGCAACCUGAACUUUAUCGUCUUGCCUAUUUUCUUCCCAACUUUGAAUCCAUACCGAACUACAUAAAAUUUAAAAUAAUACAUAAGCACGAUUCUGAGAGUUCAUGUAGUAUUUUUGUUUAGUUCAGUAUGAAAUAUGCACUACUGUAAAGUUUGUGAAGGAAAAGAUAAAAGUUCAUGUAGUAUUUUUGAGUUUUUAUGCAGUUCAGUAUGGAAUACACACUAUUGUCGGGUAGGAAUAAGCACACGAUAGGUAAAGUUUAGGUUGAAAUACACUUUUCUCUUUUCUUGUAUGGAUUGCUUUGGCCCAAUGGGCCUUCAGUCUGAAUCUUGUGAUAAUUUGAAUAUAAAAGUUUGACCUACCUAAGAGUAGCAUCCAUCACUAACCCGGUAAAGGAGGCGGCUGAGGGAGUACUGCUAAUAUUGAAUAUAAGCCCACUGGUAUCUAUAAAUAAUGUACCAUGAUUUAACAUCUUCACAUCAUCAACUGAAACCAAAACCCUAAUACGUAUACGGUCUUUCUCCGCCGCUUGGUUGUUUUUUUCUUCUCUUGUUCAUGAGUUUUUAUUUUGGUUUUCUUUGAUUGUUGAUUUUUGAAAGUAAUGGUGAUGGCAAGGAUGAUUACUGCUUAAUUUCUGACACCUCUUGUAUGAGAAGAGCUUGAUAAACUCUUCCUUGAGCACAUUAUGCAAAUACUCUGAGCCUCCAGUUUUUUUUUCUUGACUGUUAAUUUUUUGGUAUAUAUCGUUUUAAUUUUUUUUUCUAGAAUUGUUUUGUGAAUAAUCUUCACAUCUAGUUUGGUUUAGUAUUUAAAAAAAAAAAAAACUGGAUCUGGAAAAUUGAGGGGUAAGAUGAUGCGAUGAUUGUAAAAGUAAUUCCUCGUACUGAAUAGCCACUAGGCUUUGUAGACUCACAUUACACCCAUAGAAUAUGAGCAUCUUCACCCCCUUUUUCUUCUUGUAAUCAAUUUCUUUCACAUUUGAUAAGUAUGUCUUUGAUGUUUUUGUUUCAAGAUUUUUUUCUUCCAAUCAAUUUCUGUUUGAUACCUUUGAUUGAGUAGGCAGGAUUUUAAAUUUUUUAUUCAAUCAACGUACCAUUUUGUACUAGUUUUGUGUUAUAUUCAAACUCAAGUAUUAGUUGAAACGUUUUUGUCUUGGGCGAGGAUGAUGAUUGCUUAAUUAUUUCUGACACCUCUUGUAUGAGAAGAGUCUGAUAAACUCUUCCUUGAGCACAUUAUGCAAUACUCUGAGCCUCCAAUUGGAUUCAUCAUGGAACAUGAAACAUAACACUAUAACAGUUUAGUCGAGAAACAUGUUGUCGCGUGGACAUUUAUCCUAAACAAACAAUUAAGUAUGUCAUUUAAACUUAAUCUAGUUUGUUAAACACAGUUUGAAAUUUCGGUAUUGGAAUAUAAAUCUUCAAUUAUCUGAAUAAUGUUAAAUUUGUGUUGAAAAAUGAAUGUUCAAACUUUUGUAACAGCACGUAGAUACAAGUAAAACGAAUAAUAGUUAACAAAUCCUGAUUUUAUUGGGAAAAUUGUUUUUUUAGAGCAAAAAAAUGUAAACAUUGUCCUAAUAGAAUAAUCCCAACCUAUAAUUGUCUCAUUAAGCUAAUAAUUUUGAAAAUCCCAGUUUAGUCCUUCGAAAUACAAUUUUAAAACUAACUGUAUUAAUACAUUAAAUUAAUAUAUAAUAUACAGAACCAAUUAAAAAAAAAAAUUUUAAAAAAAUUCCCAAAUCAAAACCCCUAACCCUAAUUAUUUCAGUCUCGUUCUCUAGGCCUCUCUAAUUCUGGUGGGGACAAAGUCAACAGGUCUCUAUUGGUGGGGAGACAAAGAUACCGACUCAAAUCUCGUCUUCUCCGGCGUAAAUCUCUUCUUCUCCGGCUUAAUAUCUUCUUCUCCGGCUUAAUCUUAUUCUCUCAUGUAAAACGAAGCGCAGACACUAGAAGAUAUGUAAUUUGGCACUAAUCCUGGUACUAUCGGGUUAAUGGGUCAGUUCACCAAACCGUUGGAUCAUCUGAGUUUGUACUUAUGAAGAUAAGGAAGGAGAUAUGAUGCUCGUUGGUGAUGUUCCAUGGAGAAUGCUCAUCACCUCGGUGAAAAGGCUUCGUGUGAUGAAAACGUCUGAAGCUAAUAGUCUCGGUACGUAGACUAUCUUGUCUUGACUUAUGACAUUGUUUGUUGAAACAUAUAAUGAAAAACUUGAACUAAAACAUCUUAGUAUAUAAUAUGCAGGAUACUUGUGAAGCAAGUAAAAGGAAGAAACAGAAGCUAGGUUGAUCUUAUUCAGUUUGUGAUGUUUCUUUGGUUCUUCUAAUGUUCUUUAAGGGUUUUUUUUUGGCUUGAUGUCUUUUGUUUUACUGUUGCUAUUACUAUGGAAGAGAAUGCUCUUUAUUUGUUUUACUACACUGUAAAUAUUUGAAGCUUGUCUAAUAUCAUUUUGUGGGUUUAGUUUA